UCUUCUGUGAAGCAGGGUAGUCUUAAGUCACCAGUGACGACUUUGACAUUGGGCUUGGGACGUACGUGAUAAAGUAAUUUUUGCUACAGGCCCAAACGUAAAACCUCACCAUGCCUAUGAAAGGAUUAACCUUGGCAAGCUUGAAGCAUCAUCCAUCGCUUGUCCCACUGUUUGUUUGUGUUGGUGCUGGUAUGGCCUGGGCUGGCUACUACAUAGUGAGAUUAGCAACCAGAUGCCCUGAUGUUGGCUGGAAGGACAAACAAGAAGGAAUGGCAAAUGUGAGAUGGCCAGUCAACAAACAGUACAAGUUUUACUCUCCAAAUCUUGACUACAAAAGCUUGAAACACCCAGAGGAGAGACCAGACAUCUAAAUACUUGGCUCAACAGAACAUUGUAAUCAGAGUUACUCAUGUAGUUAGUUGCUGUUUGAAAGCCUGCUGGAGCUUUAGUGUUUACCAGCAAAUGUUUAUAAUAAAUUUCAAUACAUUUUGUAAACAGUAAAAAGAAUGAGAUUGCUGAAAUGACAGAUAUUAGUAUAAACUUCCACAUUAUUUUCUUUUUUUACAUUUUGAUAUUAAGUAGAAAGAUCUGGGGCAUUUACUUCUAUCGCACAAAUUGAAGUCAAUGAAUAUUGCCUAUAGUUUUCUUUUCUUAACCAACUCACUCUAAAUUAAUGGUACACUUGAAAUGUUGAAGCAUGAAUGAAUAAAGUGUGUUACCUGAUC